AUGAUCAGUGCCAGGGACGCCAUUCUCCAGCUGACCUCAGGCCCGAGCCUGAUGGACAGCAUGUGCAACUUUAUUAUUCGGCCGCCUCGGUCCACCUACGAGAUUGACGACCUUGGGCCUGGCGUGUUCCGCAUCGGCGACGAUUGCACGGAGCGCUUCAUGCGCCACGACUUUGAGCUGGAGAACAUGCGGGGUUUGCGCUUCCAGUGCUCGUGGUUCAAGCCCUAUCCUGCCCGCCGUGUGCCGUGCGUGGUGUACUGCCACGCGAAUUGCGGCGGGCGCUACGACGGCCUCGAGGCUCUCUUUCUGCUGCAGGAAGGCUUCAGCCUCUUCUGCUUCGACUUCUGCGGGAGCGGCAUGUCGGAGGGUGAGUACAUCUCCCUCGGCUUCUACGAGCGCCAGGACCUGGUCGCCAUCGUCGAGUUUCUCUCGCUCAAGAGCGACGAGGUGGACGGAGUGGCGCUGUGGGGCCGCAGCAUGGGCGCCGUAGCCACCAUCAUGUACGCCUCGAAGGAUCCGUGGAUUCGUUGUAUUGUUUGCGAUUCGCCCUUCGCAUCCCUGCGGUUGCUCAUCGACGAUUUGGUGGAGCGACAUGGUGGGCGAACGGCCCGGGUUCUGCCAAAGAUUUUGGUGCACGGGAUUGUGGAGCGCAUCCGUAAGCGCAUCAUGAAGCGAGCCGCUUUCGACAUCGACGACUUGGACGCGGUCAAGUACGCCAAGGCGUGCGGCGUGCCCUCACUGCUGUUCCACGGCGCUGACGACGACUUUGUGUCCCCAGUGCACUGUGAGAUGAUUCGUGACGCCUUUCCCAUUCCUUGCCUGCAGCAGUUCACGCCAGGCGGGCACAACUGCGAACGCCAAGAAGACAUUCACGUACUCAUCAGGGCCUUUCUGCGGCUCUACCUGAUCGACAAGCCACAAGGAGCACGAGAGAUGCAGGCGGUGCGUGAGCUCCAACUCGCCAAUACUGCUUCACCCGCCGCCGUGUCGUCGGCGGCAGCAGCAGCAGCAACCAAGGCCGCCACCCCGCGGCCAAGUGAGCCUGCUGCUCCAGCACCGAAGCAGCUCGUACCACCGGCAUGCUAUGGUAUGCGGUGCGCUGGGACGGCGCUGAUCUCUUCUUCUUCCACGUCGGCGACUGCGUCGUCCCCCACCACCUCUCUGUCGACAUCUGCGUCGUCAUCGACAUCGUUCGACUCUUCCCUGCCUUCGCCAGCGGCGCUAAGUGUGCCACUGUCGCCAGAGAACAGGUUGGUCUACGACUGCUCCAACUAG